AUGGGAGCGCUGGCCCCGCCCACCAGGCCCUCCCCUAUUGGCCGCGGCCCCCAGGAAGGGGAUGUGGAGAGGAAGGGAGGGAGGAGAGGAGGGGGGGGAGCGACCGCCGAAGAAAAAUGUCCGUAUAAGCAGCGCGCCCCGCCCCCGUCCCGCCUCCCGCGCCGCCCUAUUGGCUGCGACACCGGAGCGCCGGCCAAUUGGCGAGCGGGGCCGCGCCGCCGUCACGACGAGAAGCCCACCCACGCGGCGAAUUGGCCCUGCCCGCCACCGGCGAGGCCACGCCCCCCUCUCUGGGGAGCCCUUUUGUGGAAUGUUUACAUCGCGGCCGCGGCCCGCGCCAGCGGCUGCCCCCGUCAGCCCCCCCACCGGCCCCGAGCCCCGCCGCCAACCGCUUCGGCGGCGGGAGUGGCGGGGGGGACUUGGCGGCGGGGCUCGGUCCCGGGGGCGGCGCGGCGCUGCCUUUUGUCCCCGACCCCUUCACUUCCGGGAUGGCGGCGCCCCACGUGGGGCGGGUCGGUUACACGUGCGGGCGGGGAGCACACGGCACACGCACACACGGGCUCCCGCACACGCCCCGCACACUCGCACACGCUCACACUCACGCACGCACGCACCGAGGAGGAGGAGGGGGGGGACCGUGGGCGGUGCGCGCCGCGGGGGGCGGCGCCCUCAGCGGCUGCAGCCAAUGGCGUGCCAGGAAGGGGGCGUGGCCACCGCGGCAAUGGCCCCCGCCCUCCCCCCGCGCACACACACUCAGUCACUCGCCUCCCCCCCCGCCCGCUCCCGCCGCCGUCGCGCGCUUCCCGCCGGCGGGAUCCGCAGCGCGCGCGCGCUUCUCUCCCCUCCACCCCCCCCGCCGCCUUUCCCUCAGGUUCCCGCCCGGCCGCCGGCCCGGCGCUCGGGAAGCGAUCCCCGUGA